GGGCGACCGGAUAUAGUGAAUGCAGGGUCCGGGGAGACCAGAUACAGUGAGUGCAGGGUCCGGGGAGACCGGAUAUAGUGAAUGCAGGGUCUGGGGAGACCAGAUAUAGUAAAUGUAGGGUCCGGGGAAAGCGGAUAUAGUGAAUGCAGGGUCUGGGGAGACCAGAUAUAGUGAAUGCAGGGUCCAGGGAGACCAGAUAUAGUGAAUGCAGGGGUCCGGGGAGACCAGAUAUAGUGAAUGCAGGGUCUGGGGAGAGCGGAUAUAGUGAAUGCAGGGUCCGGGGAGACCAGAUAUAUAUAGUGAAUGCAGGGUCCGGGGAGACCAGAUAUAGUGAAUGCAGGGUCUGGGGAGAGCGGAUAUAGUGAAUGCAGGGUCCGGGGAGACCAGAUAUAGUGAAUGCAGGGUCCGGGGAGACCGGAUAUAGUGAAUGCAGGGUCCUGGGAGACCAGAUAUAGUGAAUGCAGGGUCCUGGGAGACCAGAUAUAGUGACUGCAGGGUCCGGGGAGACCAGAUAUAGUAAAUGCAGGGUCCUGGGAG